CCGCCGCCGCCGCCGCCGCCGCCGCUGGGGGAGGGGCGGCCGCCGCCCGCCUGCGCUCAGAGACUCACGCAGCCCCAGUCCCGCCAGUCCGCCAACACAGUAGUGCCGGCCCCCCUCCCUCCCUGGCCCUUCCCCCUCCCCGCCUUUGGCUCGCUCCGCCUUUUUGCCCCCCACCCCCACCUCACGGGUACGGGCCAUUCCCGGCCAGGAAACGCCGUGGCGCCGCGUUGGGCCUAACUCGAGUCUUGCUGCCUCCCGGGAGUGCCGUGCGCCGCAGCCCGGGCCCAGGCCCCGGCAGCGCCUGGGACAAGGUCUUCAGAGCUACUGGCAGAUAAUUUUGGGGGACUUCAUAUUCAGAGGUCUAUAUAAAGGAUUCCUCAUGUCCAUAACAUGUUGGCUGAGGCUCUGGAGCUCACCCCCACUCUCAGAGUGGUCAGUCUCCAUUAAUUGGAUCCCUUGAUUUCCAUUUUCUGCUGUGUUUGACGUCAUGAGCAUUGCAAUCCCUCUGGGAGUCACCACACCAGAUACAUCCUACUCAGAUAUGGCUGCUGGAUCAGAAAAGGAAGUGGAAGCCCCCUACCUUUCAAGACGAAGUGGCACUACACCAGGAUGUGAAAGUCCAGCGAAAGAGACCCAAGGGGCCUAGGGGGCAGCACACCCCCAGAAGCCAAGUCUAUUCCAGGCAGUACCAGGGAUUAGGGUCUGGGCUGGAAAAAUCCUGGUGUUUUGAAUAUGUUCAGGUCCAGUUCAGACUCUUGAUCCCACAGCCACUUCUUGAGUGAGGGUAUCCUGUCUUGGUAGUGAAUGGAAGAGGGCCUGGUCCCUGGGGCAGUGCAGAAGGCACUUUCAUCAUCUCACUCACUGCAAAUGUCAUGUGAGGUUUCAUGGAAGUAUUAAGAGAUCCAAUUAAGAAGAAUAGUUCUGAGUCUAAACCAGCCCAGAGUGGCUUCUCUAGGGGAAACUCCCCGCUCAGCUGCCCUGAAUCUGUGGAGGCUAGUCCAGCAGUUAAUGAGAAGAGCGUGUAUUCCACUCAUAAUUAUGGGACCACUCAGAGGCAUGGGUGUCGAGGACUGCCUUAUGCUGAUCAUAAUUACGGAGCCCCUCCUCCUCCGACACCUCCUGCUUCUCCCCCUGUCCAGACGAUCAUCCCUCGUUCUGACCUGAAUGGCCUGCCGUCGCCCGUAGAGGAACGCUGUGGAGACAGCCCGAACUCUGAAGGAGAGACUGUUCCUACCUGGUGUCCUUGUGGUCUUUCUCAGGAUGGCUUCCUUCUCAACUGUGACAAGUGCAGGGGAAUGAGCAGGGGGAAGGUUAUUAGACUUCAUCGGCGGAAGCAGGACAACAUAUCAGGUGGGGAUAGCAGUGCAACAGAAAGCUGGGAUGAGGAGCUUUCUCCUUCCACUGUGUUGUAUACAGCAACACAGCACACACCUACAAGCAUCACCUUAACUGUUAGAAGAACCAAACCCAAGAAGCGGAAAAAGAGUCCAGAAAAGGGUCGUGCAGCACCAAAGACGAAGAAAAUCAAGGCAUUUCGAGAGGGAUCCCGGAAGUCCUUGCGGAUGAAGAAUUCUCCCUCUGAAGCACAGAAUUUAGAUGAGAAUACAACUGAGGGCUGGGAAAAUCGGAUAAGACUAUGGACUGAUCAGUAUGAAGAAGCUUUCACUAAUCAGUACAGUGCCGAUGUACAGAACGCCCUUGAACAACAUCUACAUUCUAGCAAGGAAUUUGUGGGCAAACCUGCUAUUUUAGACACUAUUAAUAAGACCGAAUUGGCCUGUAAUAAUACAGUUAUUGGUUCCCAAAUGCAGUUACAGCUGGGAAGAGUCACUCGGGUUCAAAAGCACCGAAAAAUCCUGAGGGCUGCAAGAGAUUUGGCUUUGGAUACUCUUAUAAUAGAGUACCGCGGGAAAGUCAUGUUACGGCAACAAUUUGAGGUCAAUGGGCAUUUCUUCAAAAAACCAUAUCCCUUUGUGCUCUUCUACUCAAAAUUCAAUGGUGUAGAGAUGUGUGUGGAUGCCCGUACUUUCGGUAAUGAUGCUCGCUUCAUCAGAAGAUCAUGUACACCAAAUGCAGAGGUGCGACACAUGAUUGCAGAUGGGAUGAUUCAUCUAUGUAUUUAUGCUGUUUCUGCCAUCACCAAGGAUGCUGAAGUCACCAUUGCAUUUGAUUAUGAGUAUAGUAACUGUAAUUAUAAAGUGGACUGUGCCUGUCACAAGGGGAACCGGAAUUGCCCUAUACAGAAAAGGAAUCCAAAUGCUGCAGAACUGCCACUCCCACCUCCUCCAACCCUCCCUACCAUCGGGGCAGAGACCAGACGUAGAAAAGCACGACGGAAAGAGCUGGAGAUGGAGCAGCAGAAUGAGGCUUCAGAGGAGAAUAAUGACCAGCAACCACAAGAAGUUCCAGAAAAAGUAACUUUAUCCAGUGAUCAUGAGGAAGUAGACAAUCCAGAAGAAAAACCAGAAGAAGAGAAAGAAGAGGUUAUAGAUGACCAGGAGAACACAGCUCAGAGCAGGAGGACCCGAGAGGAUAGGAAGGUUGAAGCCAUUAUGCAUGCUUUCGAAAACUUAGAAAAGAGAAAGAAACGGCGAGAUCAGCCCUUGGAACAGAGCAGCCCUGACAUAGAGAUUACUGCCACCACCUCAGAGACUCCUGUUGGAGAAGAGACAAAAACAGAAGCUUCUGAAUCUGAAGUUAGCAACCUUACUUCAAAUGUUUCCAUCCCAAGCAUCCCACAGAGUAUUGGAGUGAACACCCGGAGGUCUUCCCAAGCAGGGGAUGUUGCUGCAGAAAAACCAGUCCCCAAACCACCUCCAGCAAAGCCUUCCAGACCCCGACCGAAGAGUCGAAUUUCUCGGUACCGGACCAGUUCAGCCCAAAGACUAAAACGUCAGAAGCAGGCCAGUGCACAACAGGCGGAGUUGUCACAAGCUGCCUUGGAAGAGGGAGGAAGUAACAACUCAGUAACUCCUACUGAAACUGGAAGUAUAGACAGUUCAGGAGAAAACAGGCAGUUAACAGGAUCUGACCCAACUGUGAUAUCAGUUACUGGAUCUCAUGUUAACCGUGCUACAUCUAAGUACCCCAAAACCAAAAAAUAUCUAGUUACAGAAUGGCUGAAUGACAAAGCCGAGAAGCAAGAGUGCCCUGUUGAAUGCCCUUUACGUAUCACCACAGACCCAACUGUACUAGCAACAACGCUGAACAUGUUACCGGGUCUUAUUCAUUCCCCAUUAAUUUGCACCACCCCCAAACACUACAUUCGUUUUGGCUCACCCUUUAUGCCUGAGAGGCGUCGGAGGCCCCUUCUGCCUGAUGGCACAUUCAGCUCCUGUAAGAAGCGCUGGAUAAAGCAAGCCUUGGAAGAAGGGAUGACUCAAACACCUGUACCCCAAGAGACUAGAACGCAGCAACUAUACCAAAGUAAUGAGAAUAGUAAUUCUAGUAUCUGCAAAGACAAUGCAGACUUGUUGAGCCCAUUAAAGAAAUGGAAGUCUCGAUAUCUGAUGGAGCAGAAUGUUACCAAGUUACUUCGGCCUCUGUCUCCGGUYACACCACCCCCUUCCAGUUCAGGCUCAAAGAGCCCCCAACUGACCGCACCUGGCCAGACUCACCCAGGAGAAGAGGAGUGUCGAAAUGGAUACAGCCUCAUGUUCUCGCCAAUCACGUCUCUUACUACUGCUAGUCGCUGCAACACUCCUCUGCAGUUUGAGCUCUGUCACCGAAAAGACCUGGAUUUGACAAAAGUAGGAUACCUUGAUUCCAACACUAACAACUGUGCUGACAGACCUUCCCUGCUCAACUCAGGUCAUUCUGACCUGGCUCCUCAUCCCUCCAUUGGGCCCACCUCAGAGACUGGCUUCCCAAGCAGAAGUGGAGAUGGACAUCAGACCCUCCUGAGAAACUCAGACCAGGCAUUUCGGACAGAGUUCAAUUUGAUGUAUGCCUACUCCCCUUUGAAUGCUAUGCCUCGAGCAGAUGGAUUAUAUAGAGGGUCUCCCCUAGUAGGGGAUAGGAAGCCUUUACAUUUGGAUGGGGGAUAUUGUUCCCCAGCGGAAGGGUUCCCCAGCAGAUAUGAACAUGGCUUUAUGAAAGACCUUUCUCGUGGAUCCCUGUCACCUGGUGGUGAAAGGACCUGUGAAGGGGUCCCAUCUGCCCCCCAGAACCCACCACAAAGGAAAAAGGUAUCCCUGCUGGAGUACCGUAAACGGAAACAAGAAGCCAAGGAGAAUUCUGCUGGUGGGGGAGGAGACUCUGCACAGAGCAAAAGCAAGUCUGCAGGAGCUGGGCAGAGCAACAGUAACUCUGUUUCUGACACUGGUGCCCAUGGUGUGCAGGGAUCCUCAGCCCGAACCCCAUCGUCCCCUCAUAAAAAAUUCUCCCCAUCUCAUUCCUCAAUGUCCCAUUUGGAGGCAGUAAGCCCAUCGGAUUCCAGAGGCACUUCAUCUCACUGCAGACCUCAAGAAAAUAUCAGUAGUAGGUGGAUGGUUCCCACGUCAGUAGAAAGACUUCGAGAAGGAGGGAGCAUCCCUAAGGUCCUCCGAAGCAGUGUGAGGGUGGCCCAAAAGGGAGAACCCUCUCCCACGUGGGAGAGUAACAUCACUGAGAAAGAUUCAGACCCUGCAGAUGGAGAAGGCUCAGAGACAUUGAGCUCAGCGCUCUCUAAAGGAGCAACUGUUUACAGCCCUUCCAGAUACAGCUACCAGCCAUCCUGUACAGGAGAUGCUGGUGUUGGCAUUGACUCAGCAGGCUUGGAACUCCUGCAGUGUGAUAGUCCACGGACAGAAUCACAAAGUCUCCUUCAACAGAGUUCCUCUCCCUUUAGAGGACAUCCCACCCAAUCUCCAGGAUACAGUUAUCGAACUACUGCACUGAGACCUGGAAACCCCCCUUCUCACGGUUCUUCUGAAUCAUCCCUCUCUUCUGCGUCCUAUCCCAGCCCCGCCCACCCUGUGUCCACAGACUCGUUGGCCCCAUUUACAGGGACACCAGGGUAUUAUAGCAGCCAGCCACAUUCUGGAAACAGCACUGGCAGCAAUCUUCCCAGGAGGAGCUGUCCUUCUAGUGCUGCUAGCCCUACCCCACAGGGCCCCUCAGACUCACCAACCUCAGACUCGGUUUCUCAGUCCAGCACAGGAACUCUGAGUUCCACCUCCUUUGCUCAGAACUCUAGGUCGUCAUUGCCAUCAGACUUACGGACUAUCAGUCUGCCCAGUGCUGGGCAGUCCGCUGCCUACCAGGCCUCCAGGGUAUCUGCGGUUUCCAAUUCACAGCACUACCCACACCGUGGGAGUGGGAGUGUGCACCAGUACCGACUCCAGCCACUGCAAGGGUCAGGAGUCAAGACUCAGACAGGACUUUCCUAGGGCUUCUGGACAUGGGCAUACAGAACUGAACAAGCCCAUAGCUGCUUCCUUCCAGCUGCCUCUGGAUCCUGGGCCGAGCAUAUUGCUGGAGGAGGGGGGUACAAGAUGCCAGAGGAUUGGGUCUGGUCGACAAGAAACAAGACUUGUGGUCCCAACUGGCCUCUGGCCUUGGAGAAAGAUGUAAAUCUUGUCUGAAGCAGAGACUAUAAAGAAGUUUCUCCCUGCUGUUAAGGGUACAUUGUUGACAAGCAAAUGGUGUUUUGGUUAGUAACGGUUCUAAGUGCAAUGAGUUGUGUUGAAGCCUCUGUCUCCCAUCCUUGCCUGUAGCCUGUAGUCACUUGUGCAGUGAGGACAUCUUUUUAAAUAAUAAAAAAAAAAAAAAAAUUAAAAAAAAGUUUUUGUUU